AUGGCCGGCGGACUCGUCAAGUACCGGCAUCUUAGCCGGAAGUCCUCUGCGCGGAAGGCCCUGCUGCGCAGUCAGGUCACCGCCCUCGUGAUGCAUGAGCACAUACAAACGACAUAUGCCAAGGCGAAGGAAUCACAGCGGCUGGCGGAGAAACUGAUCACUCUGGCGAAGCGGAAUACUGUUACGAGUAGGAAACAGGUGCAAGGAAUGCUUUAUACCCCCCACGCCUUACUGCCCCGAGUAUUCGGCGAACUUGCGAACCGCUACAAGGACCGCGCCGGCGGCUACACGCGCGUGACCCGAACCGAACCUGCCAACAUCUACGACCAGGCUGAGUACGCCAUUCUCGAAUUCGUCGACGGACCCCGCGACUCGCGAUUCAUGAUGACGGCCAUGGCGGUGGCGCGCGACCGCGCACGUGGCGUCGAAUCCACCGACAUCACUAAGAAGAACGUCGAGAAAGUUACGAGACUUAGGGGAACGGAGGAGUUUGAGAAGAUGGUGAACAGGUUGAAGCGUAGAUGGGGCAGUGCGUUGGCUGAGAACUGGGAGGCCGAUCCCCCUCACAUCGCGGCGAAGAAAUAA